GCCGCCUCUUCAGAACCUCUCUUUACCUCUCCAAAAUGACUCGCAAGCGAAUUGCUGCUUCUACUUCUGCGUCAACUUCUGCAAAGAAGUCGAAAAGACAAGCAGAGGCUUCAAUUUUGAAGUCGGAAAAGGGUUCAAUUACCAGAUCUCCUUCUGUUUCCGAGAAUGGCUUGGCACAAGAAGCUGUUUUGGCAAGCGAAGAAGAAAUCGCUUCAUUGGAGAAUGAGGUGGAAGAAUAUGUUUUGGCAAAUGGAGCAGGAAUUAGCGAAGCAGGACAGCGAACGAUCCCUGCAAGGAAGUGUACGAAGCAUAAUGUAGAGGAUGAUGCCGCGGAGAGUCGGUAUAUCGGUCAACCGAUUGACAAUGAUGAAGCGCGGCGUCGGUGGCCUCAUCGAUACCAAGGAAAGAGCAAGGGGAAAAAGAAUGUUUCAUGCACUGCCACAAAAGGUAAUGAUGAGUCAGAGGAGAUCAUUCAAGCCAAAUGCCAUUACCUGCAGGCAGAGGUUGAUUGUCGCGUAGUUUACAAUCUUCAAGACGAUGCUCAUGUCAAUGCUGAAGAGGGGAAGGAUAAUUAUAUUUGUAGAAUUUUGGAGUUCUUUGAGGCAGUAGAUGGCACACCUUACUUCACAGCCCAAUGGUUUUAUAGGGCCCGUGAUACGGUCAUUCAAAGCUGUUGCAACCUGAUUGAUGAUAAACGUGUAUUUUUAUCAGAAGUGAAGGAUGACAAUCCUCUGGAUUGCCUCGUUGAGAAGCUGAAAAUUGUUCAUCUGCCUUUAAAUGUUGAUAUGUAUUCCAAGAAGGUUGCAAUUCCAGAUUGCCACUAUUACUAUGACAUGAUGUACUUGUUGCCAUAUUCCUCUUUUGUGAGCUUGCCACCACCAGAUAACAUGGGGGCUGGAAGUGAAUCGGAUUCUACAAUCUCCAGUGAGGCUGAUGUUGCAGGAACUGUGGGGGGUGUUGAAAUUUUUCAAGUUGAAAAGCAUAAGAAGUCAGAGAUGUUGCUUUUGGACCUUUACUCUGGCUGUGGCGCAAUGUCCACUGGACUUUGCCUAGGUGCCAAUAGUUCUGGGGUUAAUGUGGUUACUAAAUGGGCUGUUGACUUGAAUCCAUAUGCAUGCAAGAGCCUGAAAUUGAACCACCCUGAGACUGAGGUUAGAAAUGAAUCUGCAGAAGAUUUCCUAUCUCUGUUAAAGGAGUGGGAGAAGCUCUGUGCUUCCUUUUCAUUAAUAGGUUGUGGGGAUUCACAACAGCAACAUCUAGAUCCAACAAGUAUAGAAGGUGAUCAAGGUGAUGAUGAUGAUGAAGCCAGUGAUGAUGUGGAAGAUGAUGAAGUAUUUGAAGUUGAGGAGGUGUUGGCGAUAUGUUAUGGUGACCCUAAUGAAAUUAAGAAACCCGGACUGUAUCUUAAGAUUCGUUGGAAGGGUUAUGGGCCAGAAGAAGACACCUGGGAGCCUGCAGAUGAUUUAGGUGACUGUCGUGAGCGGAUAAAGGAAUUUGUCACCAAUGGAUUUAGAUUAAAGACUUUGCCUUUGCCUGGUACUGUUGAUGUUGUAUGUGGGGGUCCCCCAUGCCAAGGCAUAAGUGGAUUCAAUCGCUUUAGGAAUAAAGAGAAUCCCUUAGAAGAUCCAAAAAAUAAACAGCUUGCUGUGUUCAUGGAUAUUGUGGACUUCCUGAAACCAAGACUAGUUUUGAUGGAAAAUGUGGUUGACAUAGUUAAGUUUGCUGGGGGAUUUCUUGGAAGAUAUGCAUUGGGUCGUCUUGUUGGCUUGAAUUAUCAAGCACGAUUAGGGAUGAUGGCAGCCGGUGCUUAUGGCCUUCCACAAUUUCGCAUGCGAAUGUUCAUGUGGGGUGCUCGUCCUUCAGAGAAAUUGCCCCAAUAUCCAUUACCCACGCAUAAUGUCGUUGUAAGGGGUGUGAUUCCUACUGAAUUUGAGUCAAACACGGUUGGCUAUGAAGAAGGUCAUAAAAUGGAAUUGGAGAAGGAACUCUUGCUUGGGGAUGCAAUAUCAGACCUUCCUCCGGUGGAUAAUGAUGAGGCACGUGAUGAAAUACCAUACGAGGGUGAACCCAAGACAGAAUUUCAACACUUCAUUAGAUUAAGAAAGGAUGGUAAGUCUGUCAAUGAAUUUGAUUUUGCUUUGUAUCUAGUUUGA